AUGGGGGUAAAAAGGAGGAACACCUAUAGUACUUUCGACACUAAAGAUGUAAGAGGAGUGAUGGGCGAGGAUCAAGGGAGUGAAGAGCAAGUUGAAAGAGUGAAAGAUGGAGAGGUGAAGAGUCAGAGCCUAGAGGCCGGGCUCGGCCAUCGGAGCGGCGGGAACUGGACGGUGAACAAGAGGAGAAGAGGGGACAUCACGGGAGUAAUGAGGCCCAAGCCAACCGCCAGCCGCCUGCAGCCUACCGCCCUCGCGGCCAGUCUCCGGCCCCCUCGCGGCCAGUCUCCGCCCCGUCGCGGCCAGUCUCCGGCCCCGUCACGGCCAGUCUCCGGCCCCCUCACCGCCUGCCCCGGGGACACCACAACACCCCUGCAGCCUGCACCUUCCACCCGACCACUGCCCGCCCCGCAGCUCGGGCUUCCCGCCACCUGGGCCUUGGUGUCCACAGAGCCUGCAGCUUCAGACAUGGAGGCCCCUCCGCCGUCCUACGUGCGCCAGAACUACCACCCUGACUGCGAGGCCUCAGUCAACUACCUGAUCAACCUGAAGCUCUACGCCUCCUACGUGUCCACAUCCAUGGCCAUCUACUUCGAACGCCACGAGGUGGCCUUGAAUCACUGUGCCCAGUUCUUCCGAGAGCGGGCAAGCAAGGAGAGGGAGCAGGCGGACCGCCUGAUGUGGCUGCAGAACCUGCGCGGGGGCCGCACCCUCCUGGAGGGAAUCCACAGGCCUCAGCAUGACAACUGGGAGAGCAGCCUGAGGGCCAUGGAGUUCACCAUGCUCCUGGCGAAGAGAGUGAACCAGAGCCUCCUCAGUCUGCACCAGCUGGCCACUGAGAAAAAGGACGGCCACUUGUGCCACUUCCUAGAGAGGGACUACCUGCAUGAACAGGUGAACUACAUCAAAGAGUUGGGGGACUAUAUCAACAACCUGCAGAGUAUGGGAGCCCCACAAUCUGGCCUGGCAGAGUACCUCUUCGACAAGCUCAUCCUUGGUGCCAGCAAGAAGAACUGA